GCGCCCUCGUGCGGCAGACACAGGCGCGUGUAAAGGACAAACUGGAGGUGUGUGUCCCACCCGCACUGACUACAGUACCGCUGUAGUUUAUAAGCUGAACUCCAUCCAUUAUCUGUUAGUGAUCAACAAAACAGCAGCCGUGCCCCGCCGCGCCCCCACCCCCAGCGGAGCCGUCAUGUGGCAGGAGGCCCGCAAACAUGAGCGCAAGCUUCGUGGUAUGAUGGUUGACUACAAACGCAGAGGCGAGCGACGGCGAGAAUACUAUGAAAAGAUUAAAAAAGAUCCAGCCCAAUUUCUUCAGGUCCAUGGCCGUGCUUAUAAGAUUCAUCUUGAUCCUGCUGUGGCUCUAGCAGCAGAAAGUCCAAUCAACAUGAUGCCAUGGCAAGGUGAUACCAGUAACAUGAUUGACAGAUUUGAUGUGAGGGCUCAUCUGGACUACAUCCCAGUUUACAAUCCUUCAGAAUCUGAUGACCAAACACCAGAGCAAGAGAUGGAGGAGAGGAAGUGCAACUAUGAAAGAUAUAGAGGUUUAGUGCAAAAUGACUUUGCCAACAUCUCAGAAGAGCAGUGUUUAUACCAGAUUUACCUGGAUGAACUCUAUGGAGGGCUACCGAAACCAAAUGAGGAUGAGAAGAAAAAACUUGCAGAGAAGAAGGCGAGUAUUGGUUAUAUUUAUGAGGACAGCACUGUGACACAGCCUGAACCUCAGCCAGACAAAGAGGAAGAUGACUCAGAAAAUAGUGAAUCAGAGGAAGAUGAGGGUAUUCCUGAUAUAGAUGUUGAAGUAGAUGUUGAUGAGUUGAAUGAAGAACAGCUGUUGGAUCUCAAUAAAAUUGCAACCCCCUAUGGGAUGGCUGAAGGAGACUUUGUCAGAAUGCUGAGGAAAGACAAAGAGGAGGUAGAGGCCAUUAAACAUGCCAAGGCCCUGGAAGCAGAAAAAGCAAUGUACUCUGGCCGACGUUCCCGUCGUCAAAGAAGAGAGUUUAGAGAAAAAAGGCUGAAAGGGAGACAGAUCAGCCCACCCAGCUAUGCCAGAAGAGACAGUCCAACGUAUGAUCCUUACAAGCGACCAGAGUCUGAAUCUAGUUCAGAAUCACGAUCUCGGUCAAGGACUCCAGGACCUGAGAAAAUCACAUUCAUCACAAGCUUUGGAGGCAGUGAUGACGAAGCCCCAGUCGCAACUCUACCAGCUGCUCCUCAGUCGGGCCAUAACGCCUCCAACUUGCCGCAUCCAGCAGGUCAUAGCAGGGGCUCCCGGAGACGGCAGUCAUCCUCCAGUCGCUCUCGUUCCUCCUCUGAUUCCUCAUCCAACUCUUCAUCUCGCUCUUCAUCGCACUCACGGCGGGGACGGAGGGACCGGGGCCGAGACAGAAACCGCUCACGCUCAUAUUCACGGUCAAGGCGACGCUCCAGAUCCCACUCCCGGAGCAAAGGCUCUGGAUCAUGGAGGAGACGUGACAGGACGAGAUCUCGAUCCAAUGAUAGAGACAGAGAGCGGGACAGAGACAGGAGGCGAUACUCCUCACAUCGCCGCUCAAGAUCACGUUCUGACUCCAGACAACAUGGUGCUUCGUACCGUGGGAGUCGCAGCAGCAGAGGAAACAGCCGAUCAGAAUCUCCCAGUCGCCCGACAUAUAGCCCCUCUCCUCCUCACAGAGGGGUACAGCCCUCCGCCACCUCUGUCUCUGACAAGCUAAGAAAGCCUGAUACUGUGGGUGGUAAAGAGACGGGAGCUGCCAAAGUCAAAAUGACCCCACAGGAGCGGCUAAAGUUGCGUAUGCAGAAGGCGCUUAACAAGCAGUCUAAAGCUGACAAGAAAGCUGCUCAAGUCAAGAUCCAACAACAGGAACAUAAGCGGCAGGAACGUGAGGGAGAGCUUCGAGCCAUGGCACGGAAAAUACGCAUGAAAGAGCGAGAGCGCCGCGAGAGGGAGCGGGAUGAAUGGGAAAGACAGUAUGGCCGAGACAGUCACUCGCCCUCUCCAUCCAAACAUAGUCGAGAACACAGCUCUCAUAGAAGAAGAUCUCGGUCUCGAUCACGGAGUCCAUACUAUCGACACUGAGGUGAACUUCCCUCCUCCAAGGACCCAAAGUGCUUUAUUGAUACAGACUGGGACAUGAACUACUCCUGAUCUUCAUGGAAAUCUGCUUUGUACAUUUCUAAAUCUGAAUUAUUUUCAUCACCUCCCAUAGCAACUCUGGUGACAGAAGCGCAAACAUUUUAGGUGUUCAGAACCAUGAUAAAACAAACUAAAUUUAUUUAGCUGGUUAUUAAUUCAACAGGACUGAGUAAAUGCUUGAAUCCAUGUAACAUUGUAAGCCCCUGAGAGCAACUGGUUAUCUUAUUACCCUAUGUCUGAUCUUGAUUCAUUAUGCGCUUUGCACUGUUAACAUUCUUCUGUAAUAGUCAGUUGAGUUUGUGUGUGAGGCCAAGUAAUAUUCAAAAGCUUUGAAUGAAAUAUGCAGUACACAUGCUGCUUUAGAACAUGUAUUUGCCAACACAAGUUUUCAAUAGCAAUCUGUUUAUUCUGUACUCUACAUACACCUGUAAUAAACAUACUUUGAAUAUUA